CCAACGAGGGCUGACUGCUGUUUCGUUUCAGUGCAGAAAGAAGGCUAGCAAGGCACUGGAGCAGGGCGCCGUUGCGUUGAAUCCCAGUAUCCCCAUUGUCUUCUUCUCCACUGAGCUGCUCGGGUAAAACGGCGUGAUCCUAAAGAGGAGUGUCUAGUGUCUAGCGGUAUAGGCAUUGCGGUUUUUCCUAAGCCACAGAAAGAAGGGGCCCUGAACAGGUCUAGCCAAUAACGGAAAAUGAUCCAAAGUCAAGUUUUGAUAAUAUGAACCAGAGCCGCGUUUUGUUGCAACUGGCGACCGAGUAUUGACGCCUCUGAGCCGAUCGCUCCUCAGAACCAGACUCGUUUUACGCGCACUUUCGUUCGGAUCGCUGGGAUUCCACAGUCCCGCACUGUGUUUGAAAAGAGCGUUUUAGGCGUUGUGAAAACAAUGAAUUUCCAGUCGGGCGUCCCAGUGUCCGUGUCCGGACUCUCGCAGCAGUCCCAGCCGGCCAUGCCCACUCCGGGCACCGUACCAUCGCCAGUCCCGGUCCAGGUACCCCAGUCCAUUCCUUCCCAGUUCGGAUCUGGAUCCUCCGCCAGCUCCGGGGCUGGUCAGUUCGGUUCAGGAGGGACAGUAUCCGGCCAGACUUCCCAGCCCGGCCAGGGUGGCUCUCAGUUUGUUUUGUCCAACUCGGCGGCCAUCAGAGCAGAGAUCCAUCGAUUUGAAUCCGUGCACCCGAACAUUUAUGCGAUCUACGACCUGAUCGAACGAAUCGAUGACCUAGCCCUCCAGAACCAGAUCCGGGAACACGUCAUCUCCAUUGAAGGUAAGCAUAUAAAACACACCACAGCAGAGCACACAACUGAACAGUCAGGGGCGGCACGGCGUGCAGUUCUUUCACCGCAUCCGACAGCAACCGGGGCUGUUGACUCACCGGACCGCCUGAGCCGAGAUGGUGUCCUGCCAGGACGCAUCACGUGGCUCCAGUGGCCGGCCCGUGUUGUCCGGGCAGCGAAUCGCCACGCUGGGCAGAGCAACGACCUCGUCGGGUGUGUUAUCGCUCAAAGAGAUCCCCCCAGCCCUCCCGGGGGGAUGGGAGCUGUGUAG